UUCAUGAACUAUUGUUGUUUGAUCCAUUCACAUCAUGGCGCGUUUGGAUUGUUGGUGUCUUUUUUGGAUGGCCGUUUGCUGGACGGGUGUGCAGUUUGUUUAUGCAGCGUCCGGAGACGUGACUAAGAAAUGCGACGGUGACAAGGCGAUGACGCUGUCAUUUGCAGGCUCUCCGACCCUUUUUCUCCAGAAGGCGAGUGGUGGACUGGUAAAGGUGACAAACCAUCUUCCAGGAGUCGUUCUCCGUGUAAUAGCUGGUCGCACAACACUAACCGUUCCAUUUUCUUCCCCGUACGGUUAUGUGUCUGAUAAAGGCUCUCAGUACGGCGUGACAAUUGCUGCUGGAUCUCAAUCAAAUCUGAAAGCCUUCACGUGCCCUAAACCAGCUCGCCGAUCUGUGAGUGUUGCUGAGAGAUGUGCAGUUCCAGCCGGUGAGAAGCUCCCGUGUGGAGGGUCUUCAUCCAUCACUCGAGCUGACUGUGAAGCCAACAACUGUUGCUACGAUUCGAGCAGCAGCACCAGUCCAUGCUACUAUGCCAAUGAUGUGACUGUGCAGUGCACCCUGGAUGGCCAGUUUGUGGUGGUGGUGUCUGAGAAGGUGACCCUUCCUCCCCUGGAUCUUGGGACCAUCCAGUUGGUGGACAGUAGUUCUCCCAGCUGCGGCCCUGUGACCAGCCUGUCCAGCUUUGCCAUGUACCAGUUUCCAGUCAGUGCCUGUGGCAGCACAGUUCAGCUGGCUGGAGGCAAUGUGACCUACCAGAACACCAUGUCUGCUGCCAUCACUGUAAGGAAUGGUCCAGAGGGCUCCAUCACCAGGGACAGUGUCUACAAGUUAUUCUUCCAGUGCACCUACUCAGGAAGCCAGGAUGUGCAAGUGGAGGCUGAGGUGUAUACUGUGGCGCCACCUCUUCCCGUAGUAGAGCAAGGGCCAUUUGACCUGGAAUUGGUCAUUGCAAAAGAAGACCUGCACGAAAGACUGGUGCCAGAGGUAGAAAGGGGACAGGUGGGAGACCACUUGCCAAUAUACAGAGAAGAUAUCAGGUGUGAUGUGGAUGAGAACAUGUGGCCAAAUGCAGAAGACCGGGCAGAUUAG